AUGUUUUCAUAGAUCAGUAAUUAUUUCAUAGAUACAACUUAAUUAUUGGGACAAGGAGCUUAUGGUAAAGUCUUUUUGGCUUUAAAAAAAGAUGAUCCAAAUAAAUAUUGUGCUAAAGUAUAAUGAUAAAUUGACUUAGUUUGUAAAUGUAAAUUCUAUUAAGAAUAACAAAGAAUUAAAAAUUAUCGAUUAUAUAAAGGAUAAGCAAAAUCAAAAUAUAGUUAGAGUACAUUAUUGUGAUUAAAUGGAAGAAAAAAAAAUGAUUGUGAUUAUUAUGGAAAAGUGUGAAUCUGAUUUAAAAAAGGAAAUUAUAAUCAGACAAUAAUCUAAUAAAAUGUUUACAGAGCAAGAAGCUGUUUAAAUAAUGAAAUAAUUAUUUAAUGGAUAUAAAAUUCUUUAUUAGUAUUAAAUUGUUCAUAGGGACAUAAAACCAGCAAAUAUUUUAAUUGAAAAAGGAAUAUAUAAAGUAGUGAUUAUUGAUAUUUUAAGAUAGCAGAUUUUGGAAUUAGCAAGAUUUAUUAAUCUGAUUAGAAUUUUUUAAAUAUCACAAAAAAUGGCACACCAGAAUUCAUGGCUCCAGAAUUAACUUCAUAAUACUUAUUUAAACCAAGUAUUAACUAAACAUAUUGAUUGAAUAGGUGAUCUACAGUAUAUUAAGGAAAAUUCAUCAAAAUUUUAAACAAAUAUAAACUCAAGUUAACUUAAUCAAUAAUCCUCAUUUAAUUAAUUCCAAAAUAUUAUUUCCUAAAAUUCAUUUGAAGAAAAACAAAAAAAAUAAAAAUUAUUGCACAAGAUUGAUAUUUAUUCAGUAUAUUAUCAAAUCUAAAUCAUUAGUUUGGAAUUCUUUUUUAUCUUCUCUUAACAGGAAGUUAUCCUUUUGAAACAAACAGAGACAGCAUAAUGGAAUUUCAUGAGAAAUUAAAAACUAUUCCAUUUUAAUUUCCUCCUUAAUUUAACAUAUCUCAAAAUAAUCGUUAAUUGGUAGAAAGAAUGAUUACCUACUCUCCAAUAGAUAGAAUUGAUUUUCCAACAAUUGCAUAAUAAUUUGGAAUGCGAAAUCCUCCAAUAUUUAAUUUAGAAAACUAUAAUUUUCGACCUUUCUAAUAAUCUUUUCUUUAAAAUACUUCUCAACUUCCAGGUUAUCAAUAAAUUAAAGAUUGGCUUUAAACUUAUAGAAAUAUGUUUAUUGAAAAAUGGUAAUAAUCUGAAAUAAUUAUUAUUAUAGUUGUUAAAAUAAUAAUGUAAUAAAGAUUUAUCGAAAUUACUGUGAUCUAUGUUUGAAUCUGGCAAUAUUGAUGCUUAAUUUAUAAGUAACUUUAGAUUAAAUAAAUGAUUACAUAAUUUAAUAUAAAUAAUCAAAUAAAGGGGAUAUUGAAUUUUAAAUAGAAGCUAAAUUGCAUAAAACAUUUUAUAUCAUUGAGUAUUGCAGAAUUUUAAAAAGUUAAUUCAUAAACAAAAUCUUUGAUUAUUAAUCAAUUAAAACUUAUGGGGAAGAACACUUAAAGUUUAUGUUCAUUUCUUAAAAAUUAAUAAAGGGAAUUUAUAAAUAUUAAGGAUUAUCAGCAACUCCAUAACCUAUUUAUAUAGAUUUUGUAGAGUAAAUAAAAAAGGACUAAAGUUUAACAAAAGAAUAGUAUAAGAAAUUUUUAGAUGAAACAAUUUGA